AUGCCUCUCACAGCCGCCGCCUUCGUCGUUUGGAUCUCGCCCGCCGGAGCUACCUCGCCGGUCGUACCAGAGACGCCGCCCCGACACGCCGCGCUCUCGCCGGAGCACCGGAGCUCCGCCGCCUCCCUCCGCUCGUCGCUGGCCACCCCACCGCCCGCCGACCCCACCAGCACGCCGCCCAUGCCGCGCCCGGUCUCCUCGACCCCUUCGCCGCCGCUGAGGACCGCCGGAGACGGGCCAUCAAGGGGGGGCAAUGACGAGGCCGCCGUGAGGGCGCUGCUCAACGACGAAGAGAGGGGCCUCCUGGUGCGAGGGUGGGCGCCGCAGGUGGCCAUCCUGUCGCACCCGGCGGUGGGCGGCUUCCUGACGCACUGCGACUGGAACGCGGCGCUGGAGGACGUCACCCACGGCCUGCAGACGCUAACAUGGCCGUGCUUCACCGACCAGUUCUGCAACGAGAAGCUGCUGGUGGACGAGCUCGGCGUCGGCGUCAGGUCCGGCGCCAAGGUCCCCGCCAUGUACCUCCCCGAGGAGGCCGAGGGGGUGCAGGUGACGCGCAGCGACGUGGAGAGGGCCAUCACCGAGCUGAUGGAGGGGGCGGCGGAACGGAGGUCCAGGGCGAGGGAGAUCGCCGCGGAGGCGCGAGCGGCAAUGGAGGAAGGCGGUUUGUCCUACUCCGACCUGCCAUACAUGAUCUGCCACAUCUCGGAGCUGUCGAGGAAGAGGAGCCACGAGGGGGAGGGGGCACGAGCUCAACCACCCAUGGUGCUGCACUGUCGCUACAGUCCUAAGCUGUAGCGACGUACUACCAAGACCACCUACUGCCAAG